UCACCAUUGACACCAUGACAAGAUUGGUUUCAGUAAUUUUGGUGUUAAUCUGUCAGAAUGGAUUAUCGAUACAGACAUGCAGAGAGUGUGUAUGUUGUAGAGAUGGAACAAAUAAUUGUGAUUCCAACAGGAAUUGUGUUUAUGGUUGUAUCGACGGUUAUUAUGGUAGUAAAUGCACAGCUGAGUGUCUGGAAAAUUGUAAAACUUGUGUAAAUAGUUUUGGAUGUACAGAAUGUAAACCUGGUUAUUUUACAUACGAAUGUAAUUUAUCAUGUGGGAAUGGUUGUCUCAACAAUACAUGCUCAGUAUUAUCAGGAGAAUGUCCUUGUAAAUCAACAAACUUUGUGCAUGGUAAAUGUGAUGCUUGUUCUGGUUUAAUGUAUGGCGAUGAAUGCAAUUACUCAUGUCCUAGUAACUGUGGAAAUUGCAUAUCAGAUACAGAAUGUGAAUGGUGUAAAAACACGAUUUAUCACGGGUCAUAUUGUCAGUAUAGAUGUUCGGUUGGAUGUAUCGGCGGAAGAUGUGAUAAAAGAAAUGGACAUUGUACUGCGGGAUGCAACCCUGGUUUUAUUGGAGAUAAAUGUGACACAUGCUCACCUGGUUUAUAUGCACCCUAUUGUGAUUUGAAUUGCAAGGAAAAUUGUAAAGCAUGUUUUGGGGCAACAAAUUGUACAGCAUGUAAAUCAGGUUUUUAUGGUGAAACUUGUACAAAUACCUGUCCGUUUGGUUGUAAAGGAAACUGCUCAUUUGCAGAUGGACGCUGCCUUGAAUGUAAAUUAGGAUUAUUUGGAGAAUUCUGUAACAUUACAUGUAAAGAUGGAACAUAUGGUGAAGAUUGUUCUGAAUUAUGUCGUAAUAAAGAUGUAAAUUGCCAAGUGUGUACUUUAAAUGAAUUGGGUGGUUAUGGGGGCUGCACACAAUGUCACAGAGGUUAUCACCCAGUGAUUUUCAAUAAUUAUAAUCAUAGCAUAUGUAAAAGUUGUCCAAAAAACUGCAAUGGCAAUAUUUGUGAUAAUGCAGGAUUAUGUGAAGAUGGAUGUGUUCGAGGAAAAUGGGGAGAUACGUGCACUGAUAAUUGCAAACCAAAUUGUGUAGAAUGCAAUCAGAGAGAUGGGAAGUGUUUUCAGUGCACAAAUGAUACAUUCUCAGAUGAUUGCUUACAAAAGUGUAGCGCAAAUUGCAACAUGACCGACAAUGACCGCGUUUGCGCAAGAGAUACAGGGACAUGUUUACACGGAUGUAACACGGUUGAAAAAUAUGGGGAAUAUUGUGACAAUCAAUGUAGUAAUGCUUGCAUCAAUAAAAGCUGCAUCUGGAAAACGGGACAAUGUUUAGAAGGGUGUGAGAUGGAUUUUUACGGAUUGUUUUGUAAUAAUUCUUGUUCUAAUUCAUGUCUUUCUCAUACCAGUAAACGUACAUGUGAUGGGAUAAAAGGCCAUUGUUCAUUUGGAUGUAAAGCUGGUUUCCAUGGCAAAAGAUGUGACAACAUAUGUAGUAGCCUAUGUGUAAAUACAACCUGCAACCAAACAACAGCGGAAUGUUUAUAUGGCUGUAUAGAUGGAUUUAAAGGACCAAAAUGUGCUGAAGCGGAUCUAAAAGGCUAUUAUACUAGAAGUACACUGAUAGGAUCUACAAUAGGGACAUUUCUAGCUGGUGGUAUUAUUGUUGGAAUUGCCGCCUUGAUUACCUUCAUUGUAUGGAGGCGAAGGAAUAUACAAACUAAACAAUUAGAAGUACACGGAUAUGAAAACACGAUAGGACCUUGUGGAAAUCUUUCUUACGACGACACACAUGAGAAUGACUCCCCUGUUACUUACGAGGAUUUGAAAUCACGUGACGAGAGACUAUACAGUCAGAUAACUACAAGUCAGCAGGAAACACCACCAGCAACUGAUUAUGUUAAUUAUAGUUCAUAAUAAACUAGUAACAUCUGUCGGAAUAUACUCUUAUAGACUAGACACUUUCAUUAAAAUAUGUUAUAAGAUAUAUGCUUGUAUUUUAUUGAAGUAGAUAAAACAGAAGUUUUAUCACAAUUAAGGGUAAGAAACAAAUAUGUUUUCUUUCAUUGCAAAAGUGAACAUUUUACAAUAAUGAUGUAUAUCUUCCAAUUUAAUACGAACUAUCCUUGCAUAAAAAACUGCACACGCAGGUAUACAUUAACGUUUUAAGAAAACACGGAUCACGCGCUGAUAUUGCACUUUUUAAUAUGCUUUAUGCGGGCGGAUGGUUAAUAACAGCAUAUGGAAAAUGACGGCCCCAGUGGCUUCAUAUUAUCUUAACAUAAUACUAUGAUAUUACACUUGCGGAGACAUUGCAAAUGGAAUAGUUUCUAUAUACGAAAUACAGAUAAAGAAUCGCAGAUUUUACGAUUUAAAAGUUUACUUUUAUGUAAAAAUAACGCUUAUGCGUCUUUUUGGGCAUACUCAUCGGAUUUCAAUCGUUGUGCUUCUGUAGAUGUUAAUGCACAAAAACGAUUUAAAAAAAACAAUCUGAAUGUAGGAUCAAACACAAUUCAAUUCUAAGAAAUUGCUGAAAUGUUUAGUUUCUUUUCAAAACACCAAGAAUAUUUUUAUUUAAAUACUUAAACACUAACAAUUUAUAGUGCCAUUUUUUGAAGCAAAAUUCAACAACAAAUUCAGCAUGUUUUAAUGUAUACCUGUAUAUGGAAGAAAUCCGAUGUUUUAAGUUACAACUGAAGCAGCAUUUUAUCGAUAUACAGACGCUUAAAGACGUUCGUUGACAUGAGAAGAGUUAUUAUCAUAUUGUCAUAUUACUAAUGUAAACAAUGUAAGUAACGCUUGAGUUGACAUGAGAAGAGUUAAUAUCAUACUGUCAUAUUACUAAUGUUAACAGUGUAAGUAACGCUUGAGUUGACAUGAGAAGAGUUAUUAUCAUAUUGUCAUAUUACUAAUGUAAACAAUGUAAGUAACGAUUGAGUUGACAUGAGAAGAGUUAAUAUCAUAUUGUCAUAUUACUUAUGUUAUUAUUGUAAGUAACGCUUGAGUUGACAUGAGAAGAGUUAAUAUCAUAUUGUCAUAUUACUAAUGUUAACAGUGUAAGUAAUGCUUGAGUUGACAUGAGAAGAGUUAAUAUCAUAUUGUCAUAUUACUAAUGUUAACAUUGUAAGUAACGCUUGACAAGAAAUGAACAUAUUUUCAAUAAAGUUGCAUCUUAUUCAUUGAAGCGUUCAUUGUUAUUUUAAAUUGGCAAAAUGUCAGACGAGUAUAAAUCAUUAGACCAUUAUGAAAAAGUAAAACUACAUAUAUUGUCAAAGUAAAACUAAACUACAUAUAACUUUAAUUAUGAGAAAAGAGCAUUUUUGUAAGUAUUUAACACAGCCGAAAACAUUUUAUUUUUAGAGAGUUUUAAUAUAGAACUGCUUUAUCUAUGUAAGUAUCAUAAAAGUAGAUUUGUUUUAUAAUAAUUUCAUAAGUUUAAAUUUACAUGUUAUAUGUAUUAAUAGCUAUGUUUAAUAACUUUUGUUAAUUUCAGCAGAAAAAACUACUUCUUUCUCUAAAGGGCUGUAUGCAACUAUAUUUUGAUAGUUUUAUCUUUAAUUCAUGAUCAAAA